AUAUCAAAUGAAGAAUAUCUUUGUUUACAUGGGUCCGAAGAAGCAGGAAACGCUUCAAUUUGAUUAGUUUAGAAAUAAUCUAGGCACGUUCUUGUCGAAUCACUUUGCAAACAAUGAAAAACGAUCAAAUUGUCUUGUUUAGUUAAAUCUUUGGAGCAUGUUGAUGGUGUCAGCUUGCUACGACGGUAGCAACAAUCAGUCGCUAGCUAAACAGCUCACGGAGGACGACUGACUAUGAUAUUUGACCUCCGAUGUUAUUAAGAUAUUAAAAUAUUUAUAAAAAUAAAGAAAAAAAAAUGGAUAUCAGUCUAACAGUUUCCCUAAUGCAGGGCCAGAUGGGUACCGUGAUAGAGAGAGCGGUGAGUGCCGCUGUUGAGACGGUGUUAGGGGAGAUGCUGAAGGUGGUCGGUAUUAAAUUCGACGAGCUGAAGAGGGAGGUCGCAGCAAAAGAAAAAGAGACCGAGAGCAUCCGACAGAUGCUGGACAUAUCCCGAUCUCAGAUGAAGACAAUGCGGAAGUACAUGAACGCUCUGGGCGCCAGGCAACAGGAGCACUCUGCCACUUACCAGACCAACCAGAGUACAGCAUUCGGUCAUUCGGAUCCGCAAAGACCUCACUGUUCCUCAGCGGCUGCAUCCGAGGCAGCACAGUCCUCUGGUUUAUCACAACCACAGAGAAGGACGGUUACCAACACCCACGUUGCCAUUACAAAUGGAAACGUACAGUCAAGGAAUCAAAUCACUAUCGCUCUACCCUCUGAUAACUUGGCCAGAUCCUCCCAACCUUCAUCGUUUGACAGCCACGAUGACCUGACUGCCACUGUCUCACAAGCUCUGGAGAGCCCAUCAUUGAUCACCCCUGUCUCUGCAAUAAACAGUUCAUCAGAGCACCUGAAAGAGGAGCCCCCAGCCCCCCUGGACCCCGAGGUGUCUGAUGAGGGCCAGAGGAGGGAGGAGGAAGAAGAGUGUCAGGCUGAGUGGACCAUCAUUACACAGCCACCAGAGACCAGCACAGACCCUGGGGACCAGCUGGUCCUCUCCCCACCCGGGACUGACGGAGCAGAUUGCUUUGCCACCAUGGCUGCUGGGAGUGCCCAGCCUCAGCUCCAGGUGAAAGAGGAGGAGGCCGAGGUGGAGAUCAUCUGUAUCAAGCAGGAACCGGAGGACGUUGAGAGUUUGCUGUUCAACCUGGCUGCUGAGGUCCUCAACUCCCAGGGCAACCUUUUAGACAGGCACACUCAGGGGAGCCUCCUGGACUGUCCCAGGACAGUACCCUCACAGGGCCAGAGAGAGAGGACAGUACCCUCACAGGGCCAGAGAGAGAGGACAGCUUCCCUUUCCUCACAGAGCCAGAGGACAUUAACAGAGCACACAGUGUUCAGCUCAGCCAGCCCUUGUACAUAUGGGCUGUCCCAGCCAGUGAUGUCCAUGGCACGAGGAGUUGCUCCCAGGCCGAUGGUCCGUCCGUGGCCCAAAGACCUGAGUCUGUACGAGGAGUUUAAAAUGAGACGAACUGAGCUGAGGAGGAGGAGCCAGACCCGUCGGAGGGAGAUGGAGAAGAACCUUCCCCAGCCUCUAUUAGCUGACCUGGUGAAGGAGAGACGGGAGAAGACCCGGCUCAGAGUGGCCCGCUGGAGAGCCAAGAGGAAGCUGCAGGCCUGCCAACUGACUCAGAUGAGCCAGACACAACACCAGGCUGGACCUGGUCUGGGUCAGGGGAACAGUGGGCUGGCGAAUCAUAGCCCGAUUAGCCAACACACACAGCACAAAACCACAGGCCCCACUCAGACUCCGCAGAGGAACCGUGUUGCCCUCUCUCAAUCGCAGUACAAUAACAGUUUUUUGUACAACAGAAGUCACUGUGAGACUGGGGCUGGUAACGUUAACUACCCUCCUCACCAGUUCAACUCCUCCUCUCUAAUGCUGGGACAACAUGGAGGACACAAUAUGGUGGAGCCUGUCAUGAUAUCAUCCUCACAGCAGGGCCUCUCACUGACUGACUCAGAGCUCUACCAGUAACAGGAGAUCAACAGUACCAGGUCUACUCUACAGGAGAACAACAGUACCAGGUCUACUCUACAGGAGAACAACAGUACCAGGUCUACUCUACAAGAGAACAACAGUACCAGGUCUACUCUACAGGAGAACAACAGUACCAGGUCUACUCUACAGGAGAACAACAGUACCAGGUCUACUCUACAGGAGAACAACAGUACCAGGUCUACUCUACAGGAGAACAACAGUACCAGGUCUACUCUACAGGAGAACAACAGUACCAGGUCUACUCUACAGGAGAACAACGGUACCAGGUCUACUCUACAGGAGAACAACAGUACCAGGUCUACUCUACAGGAGAACAACAGUACCAGGUCUACUCUACAGGAGAACAACAGUACCAGGUCUACUCUACAGGAGAUCAACAGUACCAGGUCUACUCUACAGGAGAACAACAGUACCAGGUCUACUCUACAGGAGAACAACAGUACCAGGUCUACUCUACUGGAGAACAACAGUACCAGGUCUACUCUACAGGAGAACAACAGUACCAGGUCUACUCUACUGGAGAACAACGGUACCAGGUCUACUCUACAGGAGAACAACAGUACCAGGUCUACUCUACAGGAGAACAACAGUACCAGGUCUACUCUACAGGAGAACAACAGUACCAGGUCUACUCUACAGGAGAACAACAGUACCAGGUCUACUCUACAGGAGAACAACGGUACCAGGUCUACUCUACAGGAGAACAACAGUACCAGGUCUACUCUACAGGAGAACAACAGUACCAGGUCUACUCUACUGGAGAACAACAGUACCAGGUCUACUCUACAGGAGAACAACAGUGCCAGGUCUACUCUACUGGAGAACAACGGUACCAGGUCUACUCUACAGGAGAACAACGGUACCAGGUCUACUCUACAGGAGAACAACAGUACCAGGUCUACUCUACAGGAGAACAACAGUACCAGGUCUACUCUACAGGAGAACAACAGUACCAGGUCUACUCUACAGGAGAACAACAGUACCAGGUCUACUCUACAGGAGAACAACAGUACCAGGUCUACUCUACUGGAGAACAACAGUACCAGGUCUACUCUACAGGAGAACAACGGUACCAGGUCUACUCUACUGGAGGACAAUAACGGUACCAGGUCUACUCUACAGGAGAACAACAGUACCAGGUCUACUCUACAGGAGAACAACAGUACCAGGUCUACUCUACUGGAGAACAACAGUACCAGGUCUACUCUACAGGAGAACAACAGUACCAGGUCUACUCUACUGGAGAACAACGGUACCAGGUCUACUCUACAGGAGAACAACAGUACCAGGUCUACUCUACAGGAGAACAACGGUACCAGGUCUACUCUACAGGAGAACAACGGUACCAGGUCUACUCUACAGGAGAACAACGGUACCAGGUCUACUCUACUGGAGAACAACAGUACCAGGUCUACUCUACAGGAGAACAACGGUACCAGGUCUACUCUACUGGAGAACAACGGUACCAGGUCUACUCUACCAGUACCAGGAGAUCCAAUCAGAGGACACUUGUUUUGUUGAGUAUUGUAAGGCAUCUAUGUGGUGCUCUACUUUGGACAAGGGCCUUUUUGCCGUCCUUAUUCCUAGGGAAUACUUUGACUUAUGGGACACGACCUCUGGCUUAAUAACAUGAGAUAUUUCACAUGGAAUUGUGUGAACACAUAAUUAUCUAACUGUCUAAGACAAAUCUAUUUAAAUGUGCUUUUAUUUCAGUAUAACAGCUUAAUAAUUAUUUAAUUGCUAACAAAAAAAUAACCCCAAAAUGUUUUUUUUUUGUACAACAAUUCUUUAUUAAAGUACAUUAUUUAUGUUAAACUAGAGACAGUGACCAUCCUUACAUGUCUAUGAAUAACAUGGAAUAACAUGGAGGGUAAUGUACUGAUUAACAUGGAGGGUACUGUACUGAAUAACAUGGAGGAUACUGUACUGAUUAACAUGGAGGGUACUGUACUGAAUAACAUGGAGGGUACUGUACUGAUUAACAUGGAGGGUACUGUACUGAAUAACAUGGAGGAUACUGUACUGAUUAACAUGGAGGGUACUGUACUGAAUAACAUGGAGGGUACUGUACUGAAUAACAUGGAGGGUACUGUACUGAAUAACAUGGAGGGUACUGUACUGAUUAACAUGGAGGAUACUGUACUGAAUAACAUGGAGGGUACUGUACUGAAUAACAUGGAGGAUACUGUACUGAAUAACAUGGAGGAUACUGUACUGAAUAACAUGGAGGGUACUGUACUGAAUAACAUGGAGGGUACUGUACUGAAUAACAUGGAGGGUACUGUACUGAUUAACAUGGAGGGUACUGUACUGAAUAACAUGGAGGGUACUGUACUGAAUAACAUGGAGGGUACUGUACUGAUUAACAUGGAGGGUACUGUACUGAUUAACAUGGAGGAUACUGUACUGAAUAACAUGGAGGGUACUGUACUGAAUAACAUGGAGGAUACUGUACUGAAUAACAUGGAGGGUACUGUACUGAAUAACAUGGAGGAUACUGUACUGAAUAACAUGGAGGGUACUGUACUGAAUAACAUGGAGGGUACUGUACUGAUUAACAUGGAGGAUACUGUACUGAUUAACAUGGAGGAUACUGUACUGAAUAACAUGGAGGAUACUGUACUGAAUAACAUGGAGGGUACUGUACUGAAUAACAUGGAGGAUACUGUACUGAAUAACAUGGAGGGUACUGUACUGAUUAACAUGGAGGGUACUGUACUGAUUAACAUGGAGGGUACUGUACUGAUUAACAUGGAGGAUACUGUACUGAAUAACAUGGAGGGUACUGUACUGAUUAACAUGGAGGGUACUGUACUGAUUAACAUGGAGGAUACUGUACUGAAUAACAUGGAGGGUACUGUACUGAAUAACAUGGAGGGUACUGUACUGAUUAACAUGGAGGGUACUGUACUGAUUAACAUGGAGGGUACUGUACUGAAUAACAUGGAGGGUACUGUACUGAAUAACAUGGAGGGUACUGUACUGAAUUUUUUUUUCCCCUUGGGCAAACUUUGUCAAUAUUGUUGAAUCUAAAAUGUUAUUUAUACUCUUUCUGCAACUGUAUUUAAAUAAAUGUUAAUAUAUAAUAUGCUA